AUGACUCUCGCCGGCCACGCCAACUAUCGCUUCCGUAUCUUGAAGGACAUCCUUCAAGCACUAGUUGUACCCCCCGUGCUUGUGUCAUUGUGUUGUAGGACGUUAAACCUUCGGUUUGGAUGGUGGUCGAUACCUGCCCAUCUCCUGGCCAUCCCGCUCGCGGUAUUUAUCAGGGUGCAAUAUUCUGAUUUUGUUCAAGCACGGGAAGCACGGCAGCUUGGUGCUAGACCAAUUCCCAGAGUUGUCGGGAAAUGGCCAGGGAACAUUGACGUGAUGCUCAAACUCAAGAAAGGGCUCGCCUCUCAGUACAUCUGCGAGCCGUUCCUUGAUCUGUUCGAAGAGUAUCAGUGCACAACCCUCAACACUCGCUUUCUUUGGGUUGACAAUAUCAUUACCAUGGAUCAAGAACAUUCCAAAUGCGUGCUAGCAACAGGAUUUGGUCAUUUUUGGAGAGGCACUGCACAACGAGAGCGAUUAGAAAACUUUCUAGGCGAUGGAAUAUUCAACCGGGAUGACGAGAAAUGGAAAUAUCACCGUUCACUCGCACGACCCUUUUUCACCCGCAAUCGCAUAUCUGAUUUCGAGUUAUUUGAAAAAUACACGGACCGCACGAUGACUGUAUUAUCAAAUCUUGCCUCACGCAACGAGCCCUGUAAUGUCCAAGACCUUUUUGCUAGGUUCACCAUCGACGCUGCCUCGGACUUUCUUUUUGGGCAUAACUUGGAUACCUUGUCCAAGAAGCUUCCUGUUUCUACUUCAGGCUUCCAGAGUGAUAGAGGAGCUACUACAGAUGACUCGUGGGGAACAUUUGCUCAAGCUUUUGAAGCAGUCCAACGCAUAAUCACCAUGAGAGGUCGUACUGGUUUCAUUUGGCCCAUUUUUGAGCUUUUCGAUGACAAAACUGCCCCGCACGUGGAUGUCAUCAAACGAUGGCUAGAUCCAUUAGUAAAACAAACGUUGGAUCGUAAAGCGUUAGCCCACAAAAGUGGUAUACGGAGUACCAUGGAAGAGAGGACUUUCUUAGAACACCUAGCUGAUAGUACCGAAGACGCUGGAAUGAUUCGUGAUCAGUUACUCAAUGUCCUAUUGGCUGCUAGAGACACUACUGCGUGCCUUUUAACCUACGUGACAUAUUUCAUGGCGUUAUAUCCGAGCAUCGCAGCCAAGAUGCGGCGAGAGGUACUCGACGUGUGUGGCAACAAUCCUCCUACCCACGAAGGGAUUCGUAAACUCAAAUAUGUCAAAGCGGUUCUUGACGAAACUCUCCGCCUGUACCCACCCGUUCCAUUGAAUUCGCGACAGACCAGACCUCAGCCUUGCACGCUCCCUCCGCCAGAUCGUACUUAUCUCACCGAAUCUCGGCAACCGUUAUACUUACCGAAGUCUACGACAAUCUGGUACUCGUCACUGUUGACGCAGCGCAACAAAGAACUUUGGGGGCCUGAUGCAGACGAGUUUGAUCCUGAGCGAUGGAUCGAUCCUCAGAGAUUGGCCCGAUUCACAUCGAAUCCGAUGAUGUUCACUCCAUUUAGCGCAGGACCACGCAUUUGCAUUGGUCAGAACUAUGCAUACAAUGAGGCAUCAUUCUUCCUUGUGCGACUGCUUCAGCGGUUCGACACUUUUACACUCGCAACGGAUGCACAACCCCCUUCCUCCUUGCCACCUGCGGAGUGGAAGUUAGGUCGCGGCAGACAAAGGGUGGAGAUGAUUUAUCCCGACGCUACGAUGACGCUUUUCAUCAAAGGUGGCUUAUGGAUAAGAAUGAAGAACGCGCACCCGCACUGAUGUAAUCACUAUUUGCUGGCAAAUGCACUUAUAGGGCUCUUUUAAGGGGAUGUUCACUUAUAUUGUCAUCAUUGCAUAUCUCAUACCCACUGGAUCAUUUGUACUGGUAUAUGGACCAUAGAUAAUCUAGACAUAUCUGGCGUCGGCGGCGCCUCCCCGUGUUCCCAUCACGUUUCAGGACAGUUUCAGGAUGUAGAUUCCCAUUAAGAAUGGACGAUAAGCUUUACCUUAGUCUACCGUGUACCUGGGACAAGUACAUCCAUAAUUUCCAUCAGAACAUACGGGGACACGUGUAUAGAUGAGGAUGACCCGGCCCAUCACCCACCAUGAUGGUACAACGUUCGGACAUAUACGAAU